GCGAAGAAGAGCGAUUUGAUAGAGGAAGGAUCGGAAGAUUUCCCCUCUUUCCUUUCUCCCAACCACCUCGCGCUUACCGAUUGCGCUCUCCCACCCUUUCCCCAUGGCCAGAUCCUCUCGCCAUCACCUCCUCGCCUUCCUCCUCCUCCUCUCCCCCGUUGCCUCCUUCGCUAGCCAACGAUCGCAGCCUGUGUGUCCUGUCUCGGACCUCCCCUUCCUCGACCACCUUGGAUCUCGAUGCCCUUCUCGUAUCGAUCUGUCUCCGUCCGUCGAGGUGAGCGGAGAGAUGCUUGAGAAAGAGCUGGGUUCUGGUGAGAACAGUGCUUAUUAUUCUGUUCUCUUCUAUGCAUCAUGGUGUCCAUUCUCACGCAGCAUUAGACCUGCCUUUGAUGCCCUUAACUCAAUGUUCCCUCAAAUAAAGCACUUAGUAGUUGAAGAAUCAUCCAUCAUGCCAAGUGUCCUCUCAAGAAAUGGUAUCCACAGCUUUCCCUCUAUAUUGCUGAUCAAUGGAACAACAAGGAUUCGGUAUCAUGGGUCAAAGAGUCUGAACUCUCUGGUGUACUUCUACAAGAAAAGCAUUGGUUUGGAUCCAAUCAUACUUCUAGAAAUAGAUCAGGUCAGUUCAGCAAAGAUCAGGACCCCUGUACUCCAUUUUGAAUCUGCAAGGGAGUUGAUAACCAAGGAACCAUAUUUGGCAUUUUCCCUUCUUUUCAUCUUCCUGAGAAUGAUCAUAUGCUUCGUUCCUUUGCUAUACUCUCGCGUUAAAGCUUUUUGGGCCUCACAUGCCUGGUGCCUGAACUUGAGAUGCCUUCGCGAAUCAAGCCAGCUGUUGGAGCAGGUGUUGCACUUAGUCGACAUCAAAAGGGUGUGGAGCAAUCUUAAGAUUUGGAACCGGACAAGGAACCUUCAGAAAGGAGCAAAUAACGCACGGGUUUGGGCAUCUUCCCUUACCUCCGUCUCACUCGGUGAGUCAUCCUCUUCAUCAAAACUCUCUCUUUCCAACACACAAUGAUAUCUUUCCAGUAUUCAUGGUUGAGACUAGUUGUGUUUGGUGGAAUGCAUGUUCACUUUCAUAGAUCAAUGCUAGGCUUAGGCAUAUGGGAAGGCAUAUGAGAAGCAAAAUCUCAUGUAAAUUUUUGGAUAUGAAAUCUUUUUGUAUAUUAUUUACUGUCGUUGCAUUUUCUUUUAAAACAAAAUGCACUCUGUAAUUCCCUCUCAACUGUAUCUUUGUAUGUCUAGAUUAUUUAUUUCAUCUCAAUUGUAUCUUUGUGUC